GUAUGGCUAUGUGAGCAACACCCAGAUCAAAUUCAUAAUUGUCGUUGAUGGCCUCGAUUUGAGGGAGAGCGACAUAAGAAAUUUCUUCAAGCGCCUUCAUUCUGCAUAUGUUGAUGCCACCUCCAACCCUUUCCAUGUGCCGGGGAAACGCAUCACUUCACCUGCUUUUGCGGAGAGAGUUGGGGCUUUAGUGCAUUCAGUAUCACCUCCCAAAGCAACGUAGCAUGGCUACAAUGUUGCCAGAAACAUUUCAGACAUCACUGCAUUGCUGUCGAACACGACGUUGAUUUUUGUGCUUGUAAAAAAAUGUCCUUAGAGGUUUCUGGAAAAUUUUGCAGGGCUGCUCUGGCUGUGGGAGCAAAUGGUUUGGAUUGGCUUUGUAUGUACCAUC